AGUCGGGAACAACACCGUGGUGUGGUAUCUGGGGCUAGGAUAACUGCUGUCAUGUAUUUUGGUUUGGCCAUUUGUCAAAUUCUGAAAAGUGUAACCUAAAAAAAUAAGAAUUUGUUGUGCAUGCAUGAUUGAUGUUCAAUUGUACAUGGUAAUUUUUGUAUUUUUCUGUGUACUACAUGAAUAAUUUGAAAGUUCAAAAUGAUGAAUACUGUAUACUUGGAAGUUUAUUCUACUGUCAGUCGCGAUCAUGACACUGAGCCUCAACAAAUUAUGUUACCAUUGGAAUCGUUCAUUACUUACUUUAUUUAUAAGUUUGCCUCGCCCGAGAACUUGAAACUUAAUUUUGUGCAGGUCACAAAUCGAAAUGAUAAUAAGAAUAUUAUAUUGUCUGACGAAAAUGUUUCUAUUCUAUCAGUUGAAGAAAUUCCUUGGCAAGUAUCGGCUUGUGUAUUUCCUGUAGUAUUGUAUGGAGACAUGGUGAUAACAGGCCUUUGUGCUGCGGCCAGGCAUAUUUGUAAACAUCGAGGUUCAGACCGCAGCCCCUAUGAGCAUGAAGAAGGUUUACUUGGUUUUCGUAAAAGUUGUUUACAAGCACCAAAUGAAGUUUCUAUCUGGACAAAGUUUUGUGAAGUUGACAUAAUAAAGACAGUUAAAGAUUUACUUAGUGUUGAAAUAAUGGAUACAGUGCCUAAGAAUUUGAUACGCUUUGAAAAUCAUUUAAGCAAACCUGUGAGAGUUCACAAUGUUUAUAAGAUUGCAAGAGAUAUGAAGAAAAAAAAAUUGGAAGACGCAGAUCAUCAAAAUAAUAGUAAGAAAGUAAAAGAAGGUUCAGAAGAAAAGAAUAGAGUUUCUAAAACCAGAAAAUGGAAAUCUAAUGUAACAAAAGAACUUGAAAUUAAUUGUUCUACCAAGAUAUCUGACUUGGGGAUUACCCACCAGUUUGCAGAGGGACCUUUCUUUAAGUUAGCAGACUUAAUUCUUGCACCUUCAUAUUAUAUCAUUAUAAAAUUAUUUGGGCCACAAUUUGAAUCAUUAUUACCACUUACAGCAGCUUGGUAUAAUAAUAUUCUGAAUAUUCCUGAGAUAAACAAUCUUGUGCCUUUAUUUACUAAAAUUAAUAAUUUAAAUAGUUUAACAAUAUUAGAUAAUGUAAUUAAACCUGAAACUGAAGAUGUGAGUUUAUACAAAUGUGACCCAAAACGACAUAAUCCCAAGAAGAGGUUAUUUACUAAAACUGAGGAUGUAGAGAAUGCUCUGAGUGCACUCUUAGAUGGAAUGGAACUUGAUGUUAAAAGUAACAGCUUUGUUUCUGAAAUAAACUGGAAAGAUAUCCCGGAUGGUGCCAAUCCCACUGCUGGACACCUGCCUGAUGAAAGAGUUAUACGGAAGUCACAGCAGCUUGAAAAUCUUGCACUAGCCAUCCUUGAGAUAGCAAAAGAUGGUGACAUCAUAGUAGACUUUUGCAGUGGCAGUGGCCAUUUAGGCAUCCUUGUUGCACAUUUGUUGCCUAAAUGUACUAUUAUUUUAUUAGAAAAUAAAGAGCAAUCUCUCCUUAGAGCCAGAUCUAGAGUGCAUGAGAUGGGUCUUCACAAUGUUUUAUUUUUCCAGGGCAAUCUUGACUUUUUCGUUGGCAAGUUUGAUAUAGGGAUAGCACUACAUGCUUGUGGAAUUGCAAGUGAUUUGGUGUUGGAUAAGUGUUUGAAAGCAAAUGCCAAGUUUGUCUUAUGCCCUUGCUGUUAUGGCUCACUUCAUGCCACUGACAGACUAGUCUAUCCAAGGAGUAGCAAAUUCAGUACAAUUUCUUUAGAGAAAUAUUUAUGUAUCGGUCACGCUGCGGACCAAACACAUGAAGAUCAUCCACUCACAGUAAGGGGAGCCAGGUGUAUGGCUAUAAUUGACUCGGACAGGGCUGGUUUGGCUAAAGAAUUUGGCUAUAAUGUCACCUUAUCAAGGCUUAAGCCCUUGUCAUGUACCCCUAAAAAUAAUUUACUGAUCGGAGUCCCAUCAAUAACAAACAAAUCAAUGAAUAGAUAAUUUUAUUCACUAUAACAAAUUAUUAAAAAUAUACA